GUGAGGUGAAAUAGAUCCAUCAUCAUCCCCAGCAAGCAGUAGUUAGAAAGACUGAACGAUGAGUGUUUAUGUACUUUGGACAGCACUAGCAGUUCAGAAUGUAUGCACUAUAGAUCUGUUCUUAAAUUUCUGAAGAUUCAGCAAGUGGUUAAUUAGACAAAUCUGUGAUUUCUGGAGUUAGAAAGAAGUAAAGAAAAAAACAGACAAGCUCACAAUUAAAGUGAGAACAGAAUUAAUACUUCAGUAUACAAACUGGAUAAACUGCAUAAUUCAAAAAAGAUCCACCGGCUAUAUGCUCUGGACAAAAAAAAGAAAUAGCAACAGGGAGAGAAACAGUCUGAAAGACGAAUAAUGCAAAAAAAACAAAAGCAGACAGGUCAGGUGACUAUUUUCUUUGCUUGACUGAGCUGGAAUAAAAGUAGGAUUAGAAAAUAAAGCGACUGCUGAAAGUAAGUGGUACAAACCCCUUUUCUCUUGUAAGAAAGGAUCAAAAACAAGAAGUUCAGGAGAACAUUAGUUAUUAUUAUUAUUACUUUCUUACAGCAUUUUAUUUCUCUUCUGAGUGAGAAUGCUCUUGUAAAGUCUGAACAUUUUUUUCUGCCUUUAUGGAUAUUGUUCAGUGUGUACUUAUCCUGCCUAUGCAUUUGUGCAAGUACUGAACUGAUUAACUUAACCUAAACUGGAAUUGUAAAAAGAAACUCAGCUGGAGAAGAGUGGGGCUGGGAACCGACAGGUUUCCAUGGUAACAGUAAUGCCAAGCAGAGCCACCCAGAGUAACAGCUGCUUCCCACACACGAUUCCACUAGAAGUCUGAAAAGACAAAAAAAAAAGGAUCUUUGGGGGCAUAAAACUGGGGUGAGUGCAAACCAGAGGAGUGAGGUUAAAUAACAUGAAGCAGUCUAAGACCAUUGGUAGUGGAACAGUUUGGUCUCUAUUCUGAAAGGGCAAACAACAGAAGCUCUGAAUAAAAGUGUUGCUGCUGUCGCCUCUGGAACAAGAUAAGUCUUUGUCCUACUGCUUCUGGAAGAUAGAGAACAGAGUAUCCUGGUGGUGUAUCUAAUGGCUCUUUCGAGAUUGCCUACAGAUUGGACGGAAGUUUAUUUGAAAUCCUGAGACAGCAUUUUCAUGCAAAUAUUGUGAAUAUCAGAUUUAUAAAGGUUAUUGAACUUACAAAUGUAUGGCUUGCAGUACUAGAAUAUAUAAAGCCUCUUUUGCCUAAAGUAAAGAAAUAAAGGAUACAGUAAUGGCAGGGAGCUCAUUCUGAAACCAGAUGGAAUAAUGCUACACAUAGUGGCUUUCUCCUUUCUCUUGGUGGUGUUGAGCAGUGCUGCAACCACUGAUGAAUUUUUUGACCCUGCGACUUGCCGCUAUGCACUCGGCAUGCAGGACAAGACCAUUCCAGAUGAAGACAUCUUCGCUUCCAGUUCCUGGUCCGAGUCCACAGCAGCCAAGUAUGGCAGGUUAGAGACCAGUGAUGGAGAUGGGGCCUGGUGCCCCCAUUCCCCAGUGUUCCCCCAAAAUGCUGAGUUCCUGCAGAUUAAGCUGCAUAAGUUGCACUUUAUCACUCUUGUGGGGACACAGGGUCGACAUGGCAAUGGACAUGGUAAUGAGUUUGCACGUUUCUAUAAGUUGAAGUACAGCAGGGAUGGAAGGAACUGGCUUCAGUGGAAGGACCGCUGGGGAAAUGAGAUAGUAUCAUCAAAUGAGAACACAUAUGAUGUGGUACUUAAGGAUCUAGGUCCACCUAUCAUUGCCCGCUUCAUACGCAUCUUCCCUGGAGCAGAUCGUGCAAUGAGUGUGUGCCUGCGAGUUGAACUAUACGGGUGUCUGUGGCAAGAUGGCCUUCAGGCUUAUACAGCCCCUAAGGGUCAGAUCAUGAAUCUCUCUGAGCCUGUCCACCUGAAUGACUCAACAUAUGAUGGUUUCCAUGUUCCAGAUUUAGAGUAUGGAGGAUUGGGUCAACUAACUGAUGGUGUAAUUGGAAAGGAUGAUUUCAGGGAAACCAGGGAGUUGAGAGUCUGGCCAGGUUAUGAUUAUGUGGGCUGGAAAAAUGAUACUACACGGCAAGGAUUUGUGGAAUUAGAGUUCGAAUUCAACCGAAUGAGGAUGUUCAAAUCUAUGAAGGUUCACUGUAACAACAUGCACACCAUGGGAGUUCAGGUCUUCAGAAGUGUCGACUGCUAUUUUAAACCGUAUGUUCGUGCAGAGUGGGAUCCAGAGCCUGUCGUAUAUGAGACAGUGGCAGACACCACAAAUACCAAAGCCCGUGCUGUCAUUGUUCCACUUCAAGGUCGCUCAGGUCAGAAAAUGCGUUGCCACUUCCAUUUUGCAGACUCCUGGAUGAUGUUCAGUGAGAUCUCCUUUCUUUCUGAUCCUGGAGAAGGUGUUCCCAUGACAACCACCAUUAUGUUGCCUCCGGCCCCUGUUCCAACAGUAGAAGAGCCUCCACCACCCCUUGCACUGCCAAACUCCACGGUUGGAUGGGAUCCCGGGACCUUUGCUAUGACAACUACUCAAGAUACUGAAAUUGUCAUGAACAUCUCACCUGGAGCCAGCCAGCCAGUUGCUAAGCUUGACAACAGCAACACCUCCAUCUUGAUUGGUUGUCUGGUAGCCAUCAUCCUUCUGCUGCUUGUAGUCAUCUUCAUCAUCCUCUGGAGGCAAUACUGGAAGAAGAUCCUGGGGAAGGCUCAACAUCGUAUUUCUGAUGAUGACCUCACAGUUAAGCUGUCAGUGCCAAAUGACACCAUCGUUAUCAACAAUACCCACAACACCCUUGGAAGCUUACGUCACUCCAAUCGCUAUGAGCGCAUCAAUUCCAGUGAGACAGAGUACCAGGAGCCUAGUAGGUUACGGAUGAAACUUCCAGAUGUUCACCAUGGCGCUGAGAAUUCAGCAGCAGAACCACUAAACAACCCAUCAUAUCAUCUUUUACUCUCAAUGGACCCUCAGGUGACUGGAAACCUGAGCUGCAAGCAGGCGGAGGCUAAGCCAGUGAACACAGAUGCUUGUGGAGCUGACUACAUGGAACCUGACCCUUCUAAGAUGGCUGCUCACCACAGUUUUCAAAACAAUGUACCCCACUAUGCUGAAGCUGACAUCAUCAAUUUGCAAGGGGUGACAGGGAAUAAUACCUAUGCUGUACCAGCACUGACCAUUGAUGCUUUGGCUGGAAAAGAUGUUGUUGUAGGAGAGUUUCCUCGGCAGUAUCUGGUGUUCAAGGAGAAACUGGGAGAAGGACAGUUCGGAGAGGUCCAUCUGUGUGAAAUAGAUAACCCCCAAGAUCUUCCAGUCCUUGAGUUUCCCUUUAACAUUCGUAAAGGACGGCCAUUAAUGGUUGCUGUCAAGAUCUUACGCACUGAUGCCACCAAGAAUGCCAGGAAUGAUUUCUUGAAGGAGGUGAAAAUCAUGUCCCGUCUGAAGGACCCAAACAUUAUCCGCUUGCUAGGUGUAUGUGUGCAAGAUGACCCCCUGUGCAUGAUCACAGAGUACAUGGAGAAUGGGGAUCUGAACCAGUUCCUCAGUAACCAUGAGUUGGAAGAUAAGAUCGGCAAUCCCAGCAAUAUUCCAGGCAUCAGCUAUCUCACCCUAAUUCAUCUGGCAGCUCAGAUUGCCUCAGGAAUGAAGUAUUUGGCCUCACUGAAUUUCGUUCAUCGAGAUCUGGCUACUAGAAACUGUCUAGUGGGGGAGCAUUACACCAUCAAAAUUGCUGACUUUGGUAUGAGCCGCAAUCUCUACUCAAGUGAUUAUUAUAGAAUUCAGGGCCGAGCCGUACUACCUAUCCGCUGGAUGGCAUGGGAAUGCAUCUUGUUGGGGAAAUUCACCAUGGCAAGUGAUGUUUGGGCCUAUGGAGUGACACUCUGGGAAAUUCUAAUGUUGUGCAAGGAACAACCUUACUGUCACUUAACAGAUGAGCAAGUCAUUGAGAAUGCAGGUGAAUUCUUCAGAGACCAGGGCAAACAGAUAUAUUUGCCCAGCCCUACAAUUUGCCCCAGAGCAGUUUAUGACCUCAUGCUCAGUUGUUGGUAUAGAGAUGGUAAAGAACGACCAGAGUUUCAGCAAAUUUACCAGUUCCUGAUGGAGGAUGCCAUAAAUAUGGUGUGAAAAGGAGAGCGAGCAGAUCCUGAAAUUUGGAAAUACUGGCAACACUCAUACACUGUGAGCACAGUUUAAGUUGAUGGAACAACUGAUAGAUGACGUUCUGUUCACAGUUCCCUGCUUUUUCAGUGUUACAGGAUUUCAGCAUCCAGUAGAUAUUUACAACAACCUUUACGUAGCUUAAAAAUUGCUGAAGAAUUUUCUACUUUAAUGCCUGACUUCAAUAUCUUCUUGAUUAUCUUUCGGAAAGGUCUGUAGUAUUUUCAUAGCUUCUUCUUGAUUUUAAGCUUCUUUUGUAACCUGAAACGUUGAGUCUGACAUCUGAUUGAAGUUUUCUGGACUGCCAGAAUAUUAACAGAUAAACUGUAAUUCCUCACUUGAAAAAGGAAAUCUGCUGGAUCGUUUUUUUUUUAGGUUCUGAAUACUGUGGGUUCACUGAAUAUUUUGAGGGAUAUUCCUGAAUCAAAUUAAUUCACUGGAAAUAUAUCUGCUAAGAUAACAUGUGCCGAGAAAGCGGCAAGAAUGUCAAGUAAUUUUUGUCACUUUAUACAAUAUGAACUUUCCAAGGGUUUGGAGGAAGGGGAUGUAUAUCCUCCUGCAUUAAUUUAGGCAUACACGACUUUACUUGGAGAAAGUAAGUGAAAAAUAGCUGAGCACUCCACCUAGACUUCUUUACUGUAUAUAACUGCAAAUCUACUGAACUUGCAUACAUUUAUGAAAGUCUGAUGCUGUCAGCUUUUGGAUAUCCAGUACUGUAUUUCAUGCAACAAGGUACUGAACAAUAAAAGCUGCUGCUAUGCUUUCAACAUGCACACUGGAUAAUUUGUUUAUAAACUUGGGGAAAGAUAAAUGGUGGAUCCUAAUACUUGUAUGAAUUUCACGUACUUUAGUUGACUAACAACUCACUGACUGAACUUUUUUGUACUGCACAAGACUUUACAGCAUUAAUACUGUUUGUUUUUCACAAAUUCCUUGUCAGAAAAUAAAACAUUGGUCUGAAGGAAAAUUAAUUUAUGUAACACCUAAUUCAGUGAAGCUAUUAGGACAGUCAUCUCAAAUUAUAUGCCUUUGUGAGAGGUUUUCCAGAGGUGCAGACAUCAGAUAUUGUGCCAUGCUACUGUUUAUGUAAUCAUCUCUAAUUUUUAUUUACAUCAUUUCAAAAAAAUUGCUUGUUAGACAGUAGGAUAUACAGUUGUCAAUAUUAUUAAUGUUUCUGUCCUGGCACAACUUGUUAAAACUGAAUAAUACACUGCCAGUAUGCCUGAGAUGUGUUUUUUAGAUUAAAAAUGGAACGGUUGUAGAAUCUUAAUGCAGACCUGCUAAUGAUACAAUCAGAACUGUGGCUUUAUCAUCUGAUGCCGAUAUGAAUCAAGGAACUGGAACAUGAAGGAGGAUAAAGGAAAAGUGCACAUAGGAUUGUACUUUCACUUUUAUAACAAAUAAGGAAUAUAUAUCCACAGAAGCCAUAUAGCUGAAACUCCGUACGUCCUUAAGGGGUCAUUUUUUUAUAUCCCAUGGGACUCCAUUGUAGGAACUGUAAGGUUUCAAAUAGUGAAAACUCUAGCUUUUCUGGAUUUUUCUAACAGUUUUACUUAAGAGUUUGUCAUGUGACCUUUUUACUUUGGUGUGUAUGUAUGUACAUGUAUGUAUAUAUAUAUAUAUAUA